AUGCAGAUCUUUGUGAAAACACUAACGGGGAAGACGAUUACUCUCGAGGUGGAGAGUUCAGAUACCAUUGAUAACGUCAAAGCCAAGAUCCAGGAUAAGGAAGGAAUUCCUCCGGAUCAACAACGGCUCAUCUUCGCCGGCAAGCAGCUCGAGGACGGCAGAACCCUAGCCGACUAUAAUAUCCAAAAGGAGUCAACCCUUCACCUCGUCCUCCGUCUCCGCGGCGGUAUGCAGAUCUUCGUCAAAACCCUCACCGGCAAGACAAUUACCUUGGAGGUCGAGAGUUCUGAUACAAUCGACAACGUCAAAGCCAAGAUCCAGGAUAAAGAAGGUAUCCCUCCUGAUCAGCAGAGACUCAUAUUCGCCGGAAAACAGUUGGAAGAUGGCAGAACCCUAGCGGACUACAAUAUCCAGAAGGAAUCCACCCUUCAUCUCGUCCUCCGCCUCCGUGGUGGAAUGCAGAUCUUUGUGAAAACAUUAACUGGAAAAACAAUCACAUUGGAGGUUGAAAGUUCUGAUACGAUCGACAAUGUGAAGGCUAAGAUACAGGACAAAGAAGGGAUUCCACCAGAUCAACAGCGUCUGAUCUUUGCUGGAAAGCAGUUGGAGGAUGGUAGAACUUUAGCCGAUUAUAACAUCCAAAAGGAAUCGACUUUGCAUCUGGCAAAGAUUCAGGAUAAGGAGGGUAUUCCACCUGAUCAGCAGAGGCUUAUAUUUGCUGGGAAGCAGCUUGAAGAUGGGAGAACUUUGGCUGAUUACAACAUUCAAAAGGAAUCAACUCUGCACCUUGUCCUGCGUCUUAGAGGUGGUGUUUUCUGA